ACUAGGGCUGGGGAGAGACAGGGAAAGGGACUGCUGUAUUCCCCUAAACCUACCCUGCCAUUUCUCUUGUCCCAGCAGGUUCCAGUUUGACAUCUACCUUUCACCUGUGAUUGUUCCAGCCUGCAGGAGGGCAGGAAAUGGCCGCGGCACAUCCAGCUCAGGAACCCGUGACCUUCGUGGAGGUGGCUGUGUAUUUCAGCAGGGAGGAGUGGGAGCUGCUGGAUCCUGCACAGCAAGCGCUCUACCGGGACGUGAUGCUGGAGAUGUAUGAGUCCAUAACUUCACUGGGAUUACUUCCAUCCCCGAAACCCGUGGUGAUCUCUCAGCUUGAAGAAGGGGAAGAUCCCUGGAUCCCAGAUCUGCACGGCGUGGAGGAUGUGACAGGAGACCUCAGCCCAGCAGGUGACAGGAUCACAAAAGCAAAGGAGACUCUUCAGAAAAGUGGCAUGGCCCAAAGGCAGUUGAAUGGUGACUCUGUGGGAAAAAUCAGAAGGGGCGUCCAAAAGGGCCUGGAGCAUGGAAAGCAUCUCAAGAAGCCACUGAAAACCCAUCCAGGAAAUCGAGCAAGGAAUCCCCUAGAUGGCAGCAAAGGUCAAAAAGAGCCUAAAGAACUGACAAUGAAGCAAGCCUGCCAGAAGAAAAUGGAGAACCAAUGUGAUGAGUGUGGAAGAAUCUUUAAAAGUCAUUCCCAUCUUGUUAAGCACCAGCGCAUCCACACAGGAGAGAGACCCUACAAGUGCCCUGAGUGUGGUAAGAGCUUCAGAAGAAACUCUAACCUCACUUACCACCAGCGGUCUCACACAGGAGAGAGACCUCACAAGUGCUCACAGUGUGAGAAGAGCUUCAAAUGCAGUUCACAACUCGCCUACCACCAGCGCUUUCACACAGGAGAGAGACCUCACAAGUGCUCACAGUGUGAGAAGAGCUUCAAAUGCAGUUCAGAUCUCGCCUACCACCACCGCUCUCACACAGGAGAGAGAGCUCACAAGUGCUCACAGUGUGAGAAGAGCUACAGAAGAAGAGCAGAUCUCAUCUACCACCAGCGCUCUCACACAGGAGAGAGACCUCACAAGUGCUCACAGUGUGAGAAGAGCUUCAAAUGCAGUUCACAACUCGCCUACCACCAGCGCUUUCACACAGGAGAGAGACCCUACAAGUGCUCACAGUGUGAGAAGAGCUUCAGAAGCAGCUCUGAACUUACCUACCAUCACCACUUUCACACAGGAGAGAGACCCUACAAGUGCUCACAGUGUGAGAAGAGCUACAGAAGAAGAGCAGAUCUCAUCUACCACCAGCGCUUUCACACAGGCGAGAAGCCCUACAAGUGCCCUGAGUGUGGGAAGAGCUUCAGAAGCAGUUCUCAACUCCUUGUGCACAAACUGACCCACACAGCAGAGAGACCCUACAAGUGCCCUGAUUGUGAGAAGAGCUUCAAAAGUAGUUCUGUACUCGAGUUGCACAUACGGACCCACACAGGAGAGAGACCCUAUAAGUGCCCUGAGUGUGGGAAGAGUUUCAAAAGCAGUUCUCAGCUCCUUUUGCACAAAGUGACCCACUCAGGAGAGAGACCCUAUAAGUGCCCUGAUUGUGAGAAGAGCUUCAAAAGGAGUUCUGUACUUGAGUUGCACAAACGGAUCCACACAGGAGAGAGACCCUACAAGUGCCCUGAGUGUGGGAAGAGCUUCAAAAGUAGUUCUGUACUUAAUUUCCACAAACGGAUCCACACAGGAGAGAGACCGUACAAGUGUCCUGUUUGUGAGAAGAGCUUCAAAAGGAGUUCUGUACUCAAUUCACACAAACGGAUCCACACAGGAGAGAGACCCUACAAGUGCCCUGAUUGUGAGAAGAGCUUCAAAAGGAGUUCUGUACUCAAUUUGCACAAACGGAUCCACACAGGAGAGAGACCCUACAAGUGCCCUGAUUGUGAGAAGAGCUUCAAGAGCAGGUCCGAGGUUAUUAUCCACCAGCGCAUCCACACAGGAGAGAGACCCUACAAGUGCCCUGAGUGUGCAAAGGGCUUCAAAAGCAGUUCUGAACUUAGAGUCCACCAGCGCAUACACACAGGAGACAAACCCUACAAGUGCUCUGAUUGUGGGAAGAGCUACAUAAGAAGAUUUUACCUUGUUACGCACCAACGCAUCCACACAGGAGAGAGACCUUACAAGUGCUCACAGUGUGAGAGAAGUUUCAAAAGCAGUUCUGAACUCAUCUCCCACCAGCGCAUCCACACAGCAGACAGACCCUACAAGUGCCCUGAUUGUGAGAAGAGCUUCAAAAGCAGCUCUGUUCUUAACUCCCACCAGCGCAUCCACACAGCAGACAGACCCUACAAGUGCCCUGACUGCGGAAAGAGCUUCAAAAGCAAUUCUGAACUCUAUUCACACAAACGGAUCCACACAGAAGACAGACCGUACACGUGCCCUGAGUGUGGAAAGAGCUUCAAAAGCAGUUCCCACCUUAUUACCCACCAGCGCAUCCACACAGGAGAGAGACCCUACAAGUGCCCCAAGUGUGGGAAGGCCUUCAAAAGCAGUUCCCACCUUAUUUCCCACCAGCGCGUCCAUACAGGAGACAGACCCUACAAGUGCCCCAAGUGUGAGAAGACCUUCAAAAGCAGUUCGGAACUUACUUACCACCAUCGCAUCCACACAGGUAACAGACCCUACAAGUGCACUAAGAAGUGUGGGAAGAGCUACAGCCGUGGCUCAUCCCUCAACCGGCACCAGAGGGUCCAUGUGGGGGAGAAACCCUUCACGUGCUGCAAGUGUGGGAGAAGUUUUGUGUGCAGCUCCAGCCUCAAAGACCACCUGAAAAACCCCUGCCAGGAGAAACCCUACAAGUGUCCCAACAACGUGUACCAGUGCUCCGACUGCGGGAAAAACCUCACUUCCAACUCUGCUCUUCUCAUCCACCGCAGGAUACACACUGGCGAAAGGCCCUACAAGUGCCCCGAGUGUGGGAAGAGCUUCAUGGCCAACAAGUCGCUCAGCAAGCACCGCAAGAGCCACACAGAGGAUGGGAUCUUUGUCUGUCCAGACUGCGGGAAAAAACUCACUUCCAACUCAACCCUCAUCAUCCACCGGCGCAUACACACAGGUGAGAGGCCCUACGAGUGCCCCGAGUGUGGGAAGCGCUUCAUGGCCAACAAGUCACUCAGCAAGCAUCGCAAGAGCCACCUGGAGGAGGGGACCUAUAAAUGUCCCCAGUGCAGGGAAAUCUUUGCAAAGAACUCAGCCUACGUAGCCCAUCUCAGGACCCACCAGGGACAGCCCCCUUAUCCCUGCUCUGACUGCGGGGAAGCCUUCUUUGAAAGCUCGGCAUUCAACCGACACCGGAAAAAGCACUUGGUAGGGAAACCCUAUCAGUGUCCUGACUGCGGAAUGGGCUUCACUGUACCCUCAGCCCUCCUCCUCCACCAGAAAAGCCACGUGGGGCCCAGGCCCCACGUCUGCUCCGACUGCGGGAAAGCCUUUCGGGAAACCACGACCCUCCGCAGGCACCAGCGCAUCCACACAGGUGAGAAGCCCUACCAAUGCUCGUACUGCGAGAAAAGCUUUCGGGCCAGCUCCACCCUCAUCAUCCACCAGAGGAUCCACACCGGGGAGAAACCCUACAAAUGCACCAAAUGCACCAAGUGCUUCAUGUCCAGCUCUUCCCUCAUGAAGCACCUGCGGACGCACCUCCGGAAGGAGCUGCACAGUGAGUGAGUUGGUUUGGCCCAGCCCUUUCUUGGGGGCUUCUGGGUCUCCAUCCCCACGACAUCGCAGCUCCUCCACAUCCCAUCCAUCCUAGAACUUGAGUUUCGCUGCUGCUUGUGCCUUCAACUCUGAGAAUAACUUUUACUGUUCCUCCCAAACAACCCUCUGAAGAUGAUUUGUGUGAAUUGAGGAGGACCAGGCAUGCAGCUGUUGGUCAUGGCACAGCUUCUCGUAGUGCUUAGGGAAAGUGGUGGUCAGUCAGUCCCAGGCCCUGGGAUGGCUUUGGGGAUGGUGAGAGCCCAGUGGGAUGGAGGACAAUUGGGUUAGGGGAUGGUAGGACAGCAGUGGGAUGGAGGGUUGUGAGGUUUGGGGAUGGUGAGAGCCCAGUGGAAUGGAGGAUGAUGGAGUUUUGGAGAUGUUGGGACCCCACUGGGAUGAAGGUGGAUGGGGUUUGUGGCGGUGAAUCUCCACUGGAAUGGAGGACAAUGGAAUUUUGGGAGAUGGGACCCUGCUGGGAGGAAGGAGGAUGGGUUUGGGGAUGGUAGGGUCUCAGUAGGAUAAGGGAUGAGGGUUUUUUGGGAUGUUUAGACCCCACGUGGAUGGAGAUGGAUGAUGGGGUUUGGAAACCACUUCUAUUGGAUGCAGUGUCUUCCAAACACAUUUCCUUCCCCAGUUUCCCCACUGUGUCUGCUCUUGAUUUUAAUGCAGCGAUGUUUAAAAUAAACCCCAAAGAAUUUGGCUCAAGAGCGUCAGCUUGUUUGUCAUGCUUGCUUUAAAAGGAGGUGCCAUAAAGUGGAACUGGUUUUCUGGGAACACGUUUGCUAUUGAUUGCUGAGGGUUGGAGGACGCUAGGGAGGCCCCAUGGCUCCUGCAUGCCCAUCUCAUGAAGAAUUUGGGCACUGGGAAGUGAAACAUGACGGCAGCAGUAUGGGUGCUGAGGCACAGAGGUGGCUUGCAAGGACCUCAGGGACAGCUUCAAAGCUGAGGCCAACUGCUGCCUCUGCUUGGAGGACUUCCAAGAGCUCGUGAUACCCCCUGUGGGCACAGCCUGUGCAGAGCCUGUGUGAUGGGAGGCUGGAAGCUCUUUGGGUGCCCCCAGGACAGGACAAUGACCCAGCUGGGACAAGUGCACCCAGGUUCCAGCUGGGGAGCCGCGGGGAGCUGGAGCUUAGGUUCCUCCUGGCUCUUGACUCCCAGGACCAACACCAAGGAGAUGGUCUGCUGCAAGACGCCUUCCCAGGCAGCAAAGCCUCAGGACAGAAAGCACCCAGGAAAUGUCACUGCCAGACUCCAUUUCCUGUGCAAAACUUUAUUUGCCACAGGCCUGCUACUGUUGCGUGUUGCAGGGGUGUGCUCCAGACAAGGGAACAAAGAGC